AUGUGGUGGUUCGAAAUGCCGAAGCAGGAAAGGCGAGUGAGGGGUGAAUUCCUCAAUAACACAAUUCCUUGGGGUAAGCUGCAUAACUCUGAUUUGUUUCGGAAUAGCAAGGUGGGAUGGUUCCUUCGCCAGCCAAACUGGAAGAACAUCCAACUGCAGCCGUUCGAGAAGAACCUCUACGAGGAACAUCCGGUCACGGCAAUCCGGUCGAUGAGCGAAGUGGAAGCCUACAGAAAUGCCAACGGCGUAUGGGUGAGAGGUCGCGACGUGCCAAAACCCAUCCUCGCCUUGGAAGAGUCCAACUUUCCGGAGUUCAUCGUCAAGGGAAUCGAGGCUCGAAACGACUACACGUCACCGAUGCCCAUCGAGGCCAACUGCUGGCCCAUCGCCCUCUCCUGCAGGAACUUUCUCGGCGUAGCGGAGACGGGAUCGCACAAGAUGGUUGCCUACGUCCUUCCGGCCGUCAUACACGUCAGUCGGCAGCCACCCCGGCAGCGGCAUGAGGGACCCAUCGCCGUCCUCCUGGCCCCGACACGUGAGCUGGCCAAGGAGAUUCACAAGAUGGCCUCAGAGCUCGGCAAGUAUGCCGCGGUGCGCAGUGUGUGCGCAGCGAACGGUGAACGGAAGAAAAGCAAGUACCUUGAGCUCCAGGGGGGCUGCCAUAUCUUAGUGGCCACGCCUGGAUGCCUCAUGGAAUUCCUCGAGGAAGGCAAGGUGAAUCUCCAUCAGUGCACGUACCUUGUUUUCGAUGAAGUGGACCGCAUGUUGACUAUGGGCUACGAGCCCCAUGUUCUCAAGAUUGUGGAGCUUUGCCGGCCGGACCACCAAACGAUAAUGUGGGCUACUUCCUGGCACAAGAAUUUGAAGCCACUUGUGGAGGAUAUGCUGGACGACUACAUCGAAAUAAGGUGUGUUACGACGCCGCUGCCUGUUGAAAACAGCCUGGAAAUGACCGUCGACGUGUGCCUGGAGGAAGAUAAAGAAGCGAAAUUGGCGGAACUCUUGGACGACGUCCUCAAGGAGAAGGCAGACAGAGCCAUGGUGUUCGCCGACACGACGCGGAAGGUCGAGAAGAUUGCGUUGAAGCUUCGCACACGAGCCUGGCCCGCCAUCGGCCUUCACGGCAAGAUGAAGAAAAAGGAGCGCGGCUGGGCCUUGUCCAUGUUUAGCGGCGGUGGGGAAAGCGUGCUCGUGACGACCGACAUGGCUGUUCAAGACCUCGUAUUGCCGGACGUACGGCUGGUGGUGAACUACGACUGCCCUGACUGCUCGAAAGUCUACGCGCACAGGUCGAGACACGCGCUACGCUCCGACCAGCCGAGUACGGUGCACACGUUCCUUCUUCCUACAGAAAAUUGCCAGGCCAAGACCCUGAUAGAAAUCCUGCAGGAUGCGAGGCAGCCGGUCAGUCAUGAACUCUUCGAGCUGGCGAAAAUUGUUCGUUCAAAACGAUAG